AUGUCUCAAGCAACUAAUAAGUAUUACCCACCAGAUUGGGACCCAAAGAAGGGUUCAGUUAAUAAGUUUGUUGGGAAGCAUCCAUUGGGACAGAGAGCAAGAAAGAUUGAUCAAGGUAUAUUGGUGGUGCGAUUCGAGAUGCCAUUCCCAGGAGGUGCCUGGUGUCUAAAGUGUGACAAUCACAUCGGACGAGGCGUACGCUACAACGCCGAGAAGAAGUCCGUUGGCAAAUACCUCUCCUCAACCAUCCACUCCUUUCGCAUGAAGUGUCAUCUUUGCGACAAUCGCUUUGAGAUACAUACUGAUCCAGAGCAUACUGACUUCAAGAUUGUCUCUGGACUUAGGAGAAGAGAGGAGGCUGGCGAGGAAGAGGAAGAUGAUGGAGCGGUCAUACGUGUGAGGUCCGCUGAGGAGAAGGAGUUGCUAAAGACUGAUCCAAUAUUUAGAUUGCAAGAGAGGAAGAAGGACGCGGAACAAGGCAAGCAGAUGACAUCAAUGUUGUCCGAUUUAUACAAGGUGACAAAUAGUAGAUCAAAGGAUGAUUAUCAAUUGUCAUCAUUGUUAAGGAAGGGAUUUAGAGAGGACAAGAAGAAGGACGCUCUGGAGAAGAAGGAACGUGAGGACCGAGGCAUCACCAUCGAUCUCUUGCCAACCUCCCAUGAAGAUAUUGUCGAGGCAUCAAAGACUAGCUUCUACGGUGCUACCAAGAGGAAAGCCGAUCAACUCCAAUCGAUGAAGAAUGAGGAUGUUAGGACUUCAUCAAUUUUCAAACAGUCAUCUUCAUCAUCCUUGUCCUCAUCUUCGUCAUCGUCUUCAAAGUUAUCCACAUCAUCAUCGUCGAAAUCAACAUCGACAUUGACAAACGAUAAGAGAAAGGACAUAUUACUCAAACGAUCAAGACUGGAUCCAUCACUUCUCAAACAUUCUUCAUCAGUUGGAUCAGGAUCACCUUUCUCCACAAGUCUGUUUGGUGGCAGUGGCACCACUACCUCAACAACAUCAACAAGUUCAUCCACAUCAAAGUGA